AUGAGCUACUCCGGCGAUGUCUACUCCAGCAGUUCCUAUCGGAAGAUCUUCGGGGAAGCGCCCCGGAACUCCGGCCGCAUGACCGUAGGCAGCAGCCCCUCUCGCCUGUCCAGCGGAUUCCGCUCCAGCAGUGCACACCGCAACUAUGGCUCCCCAUCCAUGCUCACAUCCUCCGGCUACCGCAAGGUGGGCGCCGGGCGCAACUUCCACUCCUCCAUGUCCGACUCUAUGGACCUGAACCAGUCCACGGCCGUCACCAACGAGAUGAAAAUCAUCCGCACCAACGAGAAGGAGCAGCUCCAGGGCCUGAACGACCGCUUCGUCUCCUUCAUCGAGAAGGUCCACAACUUGGAACAGCAGAACAAGGUGCUGGAAGCCGAGGUGACCAUGCUGCGCCAGCGCCACACUGAGCCCUCCAGACUGCACGACCUGUACGAGCAAGAGAUCCGCGAGCUGAGGGCCCGCGUCGAGGAACUGACGCACGAGAAGAGCCAGAUGCACCUGGACUGCGUGCAGAUGAACGAGACGCUGGACCGCGUUAAGCAGAAGCUGGACGAGGAGACGAGGCUCCGCGAGGAGGCGGAGGGCACCCUGAUAAGCUACCGCAAGGACGUGGAUGAUGCCACGAUGUCCCGGCUCGAGCUGGAGAAGAAAGUCGAGUCGCUGCUGGAUGAGAUCGCCUUCCUCAGGAAAGUGCACGAGGAGGAGCUGCAGGAGCUGCAGGCUUCCCUGCAAGCCUCACAGGUGUCAGUGGAGAUGGACAUGAGGGAGGGUAAACCCGACCUGGCCGUGGCCCUGAAGGACAUCCGUGCCCAGUACGAGGUCCUGUCAGCCAAGAACCAGAACCAGGCGGAGGAGUGGUACCGCUCCAAGUUUGCCAGUGUGAAUGAGGCGGCCGCCCGCAACCAGGAUCAGGUUAAGCAUAGCAGGGAGGAGCUAAAUGAGUACCGCAGGCAGGUGCAGGCCCGUACCCUGGAGAUCGAGGCCCUCAGGGGCCACAAUGAGGCCCUGGAGAGGCAGAUGGCUGAGAUGGAAGACCGCCACAGCAACGAGAUGGGAGAGAUGCAGGAGACCAUCCAGCAGCUUGAGUCUGCUCUCCGAAGCACCAAGGGUGAGAUGUCCCGUCAUUUGCGUGAGUACCAGGACCUGUUGAACGUCAAAAUGGCCCUGGACAUUGAGAUCGCUGCUUACAGGAAGCUGCUGGAAGGUGAAGAGUGCCGUCUGAGUACAGUGGGCGGAAAUAUCCUGCAGUCAGGCUACUCUGGCUUCUCCUAUUCGUCCGGCCGCUCCUACGCCCUGGGUUCCUCCGCCCCCUACAGGAUGAGGGGAGCCAAGCCUGAGGAACCAGAGGAGGAGGAGGAUGAGGAAGAGAAGGAGGAAGAGGAAGAGGAGAAUGGGGAGGAAGGAGAGGAGGGAGAUGAGAAUGCAGAGGAGAAUGGAAACGGUGAUGAGGAGGAAGAUGAGGAAGAGGAGGAGGAAGAUCAGAAGAAGAAAGAUGAGAAGAAUGGCAAGGAUGAGAAGGAUGAGAAGAAGGGAGAGAAGGGAAGUGCUCCCAGCAAGAGCACCAAGAGCUAA